AUGGGCGCUGGGCCGCGGCGGGGCGCGGGCCCCCCCGACGGCGGCUGGGGCUGGGUGGUGCUGGCCGCCUGCUUCGUGAUCACGGGCUUCGCCUACGCCUUCCCCAAGGCCGUCAGCGUCUUCUUCCGCGCGCUCAUGCGCGACUUCGGCGCGGGCUACAGCGACACGGCCUGGGUGUCGUCCAUCAUGCUGGCCAUGCUCUACGGCACGGGCCCCGUGUCCAGCAUCCUCGUGACCCGCUUCGGCUGCCGCCCGGUGAUGCUGGUGGGCGGGCUGCUGGCGUCGGCGGGCCUCACCCUGGCCUCCUUCGCCACGCGCCUCCUGGAGCUCUACCUGACGGCCGGGGUGCUCACGGGCCUGGGCCUGGCCCUCAACUUCCAGCCGUCGCUCAUCAUGCUGGGGCUGUACUUCGAGCGCCGGCGCCCUCUGGCCAACGGGCUGGCGGCGGCGGGCAGCCCGGUGUUCCUGUCGGCGCUGUCGCCGCUCGGCCAGCUGCUGCUCGAGCGCUUCGGCUGGCGCGGCGGCUUCCUGCUGUUCGGCGGCCUCCUGCUGCACUGCUGCGCCUGCGGGGCCGUCAUGCGGCCGCCGGGCCCCGCGCGCGCGCCCCGCGUCGGGCACGCGCGCGGGGAGGAGGCGGAGGCGGCGGACGGCGCCGGGCCGCGCCCGCGCGCGGCGCCCCCUGCCGGCCGGGCCCCGCGCCGCCGCCUGCUGGACGUGGCCGUGUGCACCGACCGCGCCUUCCUCGUGUACGUGGUCACCAAGUUCCUGAUGGCGCUCGGCCUCUUCGUGCCCGCCAUCCUGCUGGUGAACUACGCCAAGGACUCGGGCGUGCCCGACGCCGAGGCCGCCUUCCUGCUGUCCAUCGUGGGCUUCGUGGACAUCGUGGCGCGGCCGGCGUGCGGGGCCCUGGCGGGCCUGGCGCGCCUGCGACCCCACGUGCCCUACCUCUUCAGCCUGGCCCUGCUCGCCAACGGGCUCACCGACCUGAGCAGCGCGCACGCCCGCUCCUACGGCACCCUCGUGGCCUUCUGCGUGGCCUUCGGCCUCUCCUACGGCAUGGUGGGCGCACUGCAGUUCGAGGUGCUCAUGGCCACCGUGGGGGCGCCCCGCUUCCCCAGCGCGCUCGGCCUGGUGCUGCUCGUGGAGGCCGUGGCCGUGCUCAUCGGACCGCCCUCCGCCGGCCGCCUGGUGGAUGCACUGAAGAACUACGCGAUCAUCUUCUACCUGGCCGGCUCUGAGGUGGCCCUGGCUGGAAUCUUCAUGGCAGCUGCCACCUUCUGCUGCCUCCGCCGCCGCCGCUCUCAGGAUGCCCCGGCCGGCCCAGCCUCCGAGGGCAGAGCCAGCGACACGGAGGAGGCUGAGGUGGAGGCUGAAGGGGACUCCGAGCCACCGCCUGCCAGCACUGAGAUGCCCAGCAGGCUGGAGGCGCUGGAGAUGCUGAGCCCCCUUGCUGGGUCCCCGGAACUGGAGGCGGAGGCAGAGCCCAGGCCCGGCCAUGAGGAGUGUGUGUAA